ACAGGUCAUAGCAGUCUUCUGCUCGAGCGCUGGCGGCCGAGAAGAAGAGUUCUCGUGCGUAAACAGAAAGAUGAGUCUCAUCGGUGCUCUGGGUUUAUUAAGAUUCCCAAAAAUAAAUAUAACUCCAAUUUACUGUGCGGUUCCCGUGAACCGUUAUGCAGCUCCAGUGGCUCUUGGCAAACUGAAAAAAGGAAAAAAAGCAGGAGCAGCAACCGAGAAGAGGCUUUUGCCUGUGGAGAAAGAUACGCACAAGCUGGUGAAAUUCGUUUGCGGUUCAAACAUUCUGAAGGAGGGAGGUCAGGAUGUUGAAAUAAAACCAGACUCCGAGUACCCCGACUGGCUAUGGGAAAUUCGAACCGGACCUGCACCACCGCUCUCCGAACUUGAUCCAAAUACAAAAGCUUACUGGAGGCGAGUCCGGAGGGAUAAUCUUUUACAAAACAAUGCGAGGGCAUCGACAAGAAAAUUCUGAACUUCUCGUUUUUCCAUCGCAUCUUUCUUACAACAAAUUUAACAGAGAUUAAGCAAUAAAAAAAUACUUUAACCAAAA